GCGGACCAAAUCAGGCAGUGACAACAACCCAUAGGCACUCAAGUGUGUGGUAUAUAACUGUAUAGGAUUCACAAAAACUGCAGGAUUCACAGGCGUACGCGCACUAGCGUUGGUAUCAGGCAUGCGCUCAGGCUUUCUGGCGCUCUCAUUCAGUUAUGAUUUCAUGGCAAUAAGACUGAGAAAAACAUCGCUUCAGAUUGCUGGAUUUACAUGUGUGUAAAUACACGCAAGUGUAUUGCUUCGAGUGUUCCUUCGUCAUCCCUGGAAUCUGUCUGCGAUCAGAGAGGAAACAACAUCGACAAGUGCACGUCAUUCUGUCAUUGCAGCCGUUGCUGCUUUCACGGCACGGAUUUAACAGGAUCUGCGUUUCUUCGAGUGAGGUGCAUUGGGGGCAAUGGAAAAGGUUCGUGUACUAUUGUGACUUUUUUGUUAAAAUAAUGCACCAUUCACCCUGUCGGCGGCGCUACUUUAAACUAGGUUGAUUUCGAAAGGCAAGAAAGAAACUGCCGAAGAAGAGUCCAAUCGUGACAUGUGAGACGAGCACACAAAAAAGUAAACAGUGUGUUAAGUUAAGAAGAACCUUCGCUUUACGAGCGGCCUUUUCGAACCCAGGCUGUAAAAAUGUCGUUCAGAAGAGAGGGAGACGACAAGAGUCAGCUCAACGUUCUUCAGAAACGUCGUGUAGCUGAUCUUUUGUCCAACUUCAUUCCCGAAGACGAAGCUGUUCUCCUCAGUAAUGGAAGGUUGAGUUGUGCGGUGUGUCUCACUCGUCCCGUAUUCGACAACGUCCAAAUGUUGGCUGUCCACAGAAGGGGUAGAAAACACCUUGCAGGGGCAAAACGUUUCUUCUGUCGGAAAAUCGAGAUCAAAAAUGAAACCCUGAAGAAAACUCACCAAAGAUUCAUCCAAUUUGAAGAAAGUUCCGAAGAGCCAUCAGCAUCAUCUCCUUUACUGACGCGGACUCAACGACUCACUCACCACGCUCUGUUGAAGAGUCAUCCCUACAAGAGCUGCCACUCAAACCGUCGAAAACCUCAACCAGAACUUCUGAGAAGUGACGCAAGUACAGAUGAACUAGCCUACAACAGAACUGAGUCUUCAAGCUCUGAAGUCCAAAAUAAACACAGUGAUCCAGAAAAGGUGUGCGCACCUGCAUCCCCACUUCAGGCAGAAAGGAAACAGAAGCUGGAGCACCAGCUCAAAUUGAAGAGUGCUGGCUGGCUGCAGGAUGUCCAUGGUUGCUGGGUCAAAGAUCCAAAUGUUGAGUUUGAUUCUGAUGAAGAAGCACCACCACCUUGACCAAAAAUGUGAGCUAUGCUUUAUUGCAGCCUCUGAAUUAUUUUGUAUUAUGAUGUGUUCUUUUUGUACUAGUGAGUGAGUGGUGCGUCACUCCAUGUUGUGUAUGAUCUGAAUAAAGUUU